AUGGGACGGAUUGGGAGAAUUGCCGCUUGCCUCGCUCUCGCCGAAGUCGGCCGGAGUUGUCUUGGCGCCGGUCCCGGGCACAAAUCUGUCGAAUCUUUCACUGUGGCUGAAGCCGCUGCACCUGUACCAGUCGACGCAAAGCUUGCAUGGUGCUACGAGCUGAACGUGGACUUCCGAAGCCAUGACGUGGAGAAGGUUGAAGACGCGGGCAUCGCCACUCCGAAUCUGUGUCAGGCCAUGUGUGCGGUAUCACCCUCCUGUUACUAUUGGACUUGGGUUCCCCAGACAGGUAGCUGUUACCUGAAGGACCAGCUUGCCCCCCAGAAUAGAGUGCAAGAUGACACCGCCAAGGGCAUGGUAUCGGGUCCGAAGACGUGCGGGCCGUCUCCGACGAUCUGCUUGGAAUAUGGGGUUGACUACGUGGGGUACGAUAUCGAGAAGGUGGAGACGGGCGGCGUUCAAUACGCACAGGAGUGCCAGCGUCUCUGCUAUGAGAAAGAGGGUUGCUACUUUUUCAGCUGGGUCUCGGAAACGCGAAACUGCUACCUUAAGGGACCAGCUGCCUUGACAGGCCGCAAGCUCGACUCUACGACCGUUGGCAUUGUGUCUGGUCCGAAGACGUGCGGGAGCAUCAUCCAACCCCUCCCUCCAAGCUCUGGUUCCUGCUACGAAAGCGGCGUGGACUACACAGGCUUCGACGUAGAAAAGCUCGAGACAACAUCCAAGAUCUCGCCACAACAUUGCCAAAUGGCCUGCUUUCAGCAUGCUCAGUGCUUCUACUGGACAUGGACGCCAACGUCGGAAGGCAACUUCUGUUACCUGAAGUCUAAUCUCGCUCCCAUUGGCAAGAGAAGAACGCCUGAAACCCAGUCGUUCGUGUCCGGACCGAAACGCUGCCCGUCCUCUGGCUCAACACAAACGUGCUUUGAGAACGAUUUUGACUACUACGGGAACGAUAUUGAGAAGAUAGAAGACGGCAGCAUUCAAAGUGACAUCGCCUGCCAGCAGGCAUGUGCACACCUUAAGGGAUGCGCUUUCUUUACAUUCAGUAGACAGCAGAAAUGGUGCUACUUGAAAUCUUACAAAGCACUAGCAGGACGUCGCGCAAGCAGUGUUACCGGCGACUUGGUCUCGGGCCCGGCACACUGUUCUUACUUCCAGAACCCAGACACCUCUUUGAACUGCUACGAGCAGGACGUCGACCUGGUUGGUUCUACCUUGAAAGUUGUCAGCAUUGGAAGGGUCACAUCGCCGGUGAUGUGCCAACAACUGUGCGGUCUCUGGGGAAUGUGCAUGUAUUUCACAUGGUCAUCGCUCGACAAGAGCUGUGCACUGAAGACUGGAACAGCACUGCAUGGCUGGAAGAAGGAUGAAACUACAAAGGGACUCGUCUCAGGACCCAAAAAGUGUGGAGAGUCGCAAGUUCCUUGCCAGGAAGCUGGCGUCUCUUACCCGGGUUACAACAUCAUGCGCAUCACCAGCGGACACGUCCGCAGUCCCGCAAUGUGCCAGAAGCUUUGCCAGACAACGCCAGGUUGCCGCUAUUGGACGUGGCAGCCAACGGACAAUGCCUGCGAGCUGAAAGGCAGAGCGGCACUUACUGGUCGUCAGCAGAAUGAUGAAACAAGACAGAUGAUUUCGGGGCCCAAAUUCUGCUCUGCAGUCACCGCUGGUUGCUAUGAAGUCGAUGUGGACUACUGGGGUAAUGACAUUCAAAAGCUCGAAGACGAACUUGUGGCAAGUCCGAGCAUCUGCCAAGGAUACUGUCAAAGAAGAACAGAUUGCAGGUUCUGGACGUGGGUUAGCGCGACACAGAGCUGCUAUCUGAAGAAUGUGAAUGGCGUCUACGGUCGUCGUCGAGACUCCACCACAGGCGGCAUGGUCUCCGGCCCAGCCUUCUGCCCUCAGCAGCCACAGUGCUUCGAGGAUAGUGUGGACUACACAGGAUACGACCUGGAAAAAGUUGAAACAGGAAAAAUCACGACUCCUGCAAUGUGCCAGACACUAUGCCAGCAACGGGAUCUGUGCCGCUACUGGUCGUGGGUCAGCCACACAAAAAACUGUUAUUUGAAGGGCCAGUUCGCUCUGAUGGGAAGGCGCGACGAUUCGUCAACGUCAGGCAUCGUCUCUGGACCCCAGUAUUGCACGACGACGCCGACAGAAUGCCACGAAUACGGCUACGACUACUCGGGGCACGACGUGACAAAGAUCGUCUCUGGGUCGGUGAAGUCCCCCAAUACAUGCGAAACUCUCUGCGAGCAUGAGCCGGAUUGCUUCUUCUGGACAUGGGAUAGAAAGGAAAACAACUGUUACUUGAAAGACCAAUACGCGCCACACGGCCGGAUUCAAGACUCUCGUACCGUGUCCCUCAUCUCUGGUGGCCUUGGAUCGAGCAACACGUUCAAGGGUCGAUUCUCUGACGCCUGCGUCGAGGAUGAGGUCGCGUACGCUGGUUAUGAUUUGCCUACAUCUGCUACCGUUGUCGGAACGAGCCUGGGAAACGUUCGCGGGAAACAGAACGGCUCUUUCGUCUGUCAGACUAUGUGCCGGGCGACACAGUCGUGUUUCUACUGGUCUUAUGACCAGGCCGCAAACCGAUGCUUCUUGAAAAACCAAUACGCGCUUCAGGGACGCGUGCGCAAUGAAUCGACCAAAAACUUUGUUUCGGGCAGUCGCGAUUGCGUGCCCAAACCCUCACAGUGCCACGAACUGGAUGUCGACUACCGUGGAUACGACCUCAAGAAAAUCGAGACGCAGCAGAUCCAGUCGUACCACGUAUGCCAAGAGAUUUGCCGUGUCACCGACGGCUGCCAUUACUGGACGUGGUCCAGUCAAACCUUCAACUGUUACCUCAAGACUGACCACGCCUUCAGCACGCGCGUCGAAGACCAAUUCAGCGUCGGUCUCGUGUCUGGACCCAAGAGAUGCGCCCCUGCUGGAGCAAGCUGUUGGGAAUACGGUGUGGACUUCUACGGUUACGAUAUUCAAAAGAUCGAAGAUGGCUCGGUAAUUUCGGCUGCCCUUUGCCAAGGGCUCUGCAAGCAGAAGCCGCUGUGUGAUUACUGGACGUGGAAUUCUGAAACGAAUAGCUGCUACCUGAAGAACAGCAGUGCCCCAUUGGGAAGGCUUCAGGACCUCUCUACAGCUGGAAUGAUCUCGGGACCCCGAGAAUGUCCCGCUACACAGCCUGACUGCCGUGAGCUGAACAUCGACUACUACGGCAACGACGUUCACAAAUAUGAAGAUGGGGAUGUGACUACGGCCAACGAGUGCCAGUGGCUCUGCCAGAACAAGGCUGACUGCUUCUUCUGGACUUACCUGACCGAACAGCGAUUCUGCUACUUGAAGAACUACGCAGCGGCGGGGACACGUGUCCCCCAUAAUGAUGCCAUUUCCGGCCCUAAGAACUGCCUGACUACUACCACAGGCGAUAUCGGAAACUCAUCAACUGGCACUUGCUUUGAACAUGACAUUCAGUACGUCGCACCAGCCCUCCCCCAUUCAGCGAGAGUCACUGGCCCCGAGGGAUGCCAGGCACUCUGCCAAGCAGAACCUCUGUGCACCGUUUUCGAGUUUUACGUUCACAGUGAACGAUGCAUCAUGAAGGAUCUCAGCCAAUUGUCGCCGCUGGAUCCCGUGUACAAGAGAACCGUUCCUGGAAUCAUUUCCGGUCCAAGGGAGUGCCCAACAACCGUCACGACUGCUCCCCCCGUCUCCUCUGGUUGUUUUCAAGUCGGAAUUGAGUAUAUCGGCCACGAUCUUACACAAGAAAACAGCGUACUACCUACAGCUACAUCAGCAGCCACCUGCCAGGCUUUCUGCGCGGCUGCAGCCAACUGCAAAUACUGGACUUACGUGGCUGCCACUUCACAAUGCACCCUCAAGGACGAGCACGCAAAUGCCAACAGCAUGAGCAAUGCGUAUGCUGUGUCAGGUCCAAAGACGUGCGCCUCUGCUGCGUAA